CACAGCCGAGAACGACACGACAUGCAUUUCAUCAAACAAUGCGGACCGGCGUAUCGCCCAGGAACAGAGCACAAUGUCAGACGCUUCACCCCAUAAGACGGUCUUAGCCAGACAGACACAUCGGAAGAGCAGAUUUGGCUGCUUACAAUGCAAGAGGCGAAGAGUGAAGUGCGGAGAGGAAAAGCCUGCCUGCAACAACUGUGCACGGCGACACAUGCCAUGCAGCUAUACCUCAUCAUAUCCAGCUUCGAAGGCUUCUCCAGCGACCGGCAACAACGACGUUGACUCUACGCCUUCACAUUCGAUCACGUCCUUUAACAACAGCGCUGCCUCUUCUCCUGUCAUCAUCGACGAUCUUGCAACUUCGUCCUUGGAUCCAAGCAGAUCGACAGCUUCGCUGCCAUUCGACUUGUUCGAUCUCGAGCUAUGGAACCACUGGACGACCAUACUCCGUUACAGCCUAACGGAAGAUGACAACGGCGACAUAGCUUGGAGUCAAAACAUCAGUCAGCUGGCAUUUGCGCAAACUUACAUUGCACAACUCAUACUUGCACUCUCUGCACUACAUCUGUCGAGAACAAAUGAGUCCCGGAAGUUAGAGUGCAUCGCAAGGUCUAAUUUCCUGCAGAGUAAUGCAAUCGGCGGAAUGAUGAGCGUUAUGGAAAGUGGAAACGUGAAUUCAAACCCCAAUGGGCUGUAUGUUGCAGCCUGCUUUCUAGUCUUUUGUAGCUUCGGCAAAGGACCUCAACCCGGACAAUAUCUGGUCUACAGCGAUGAAGGCGAGCCGGAAUGGCUUGGGCUACUGCAGGGUGUGAAGUCAAUACUCUCGGAGCAUCGACGCGCCAUCUUUCCCGACAAUGCGCCAACCGAGAAACCCAAGGGACCCGAUCAAGAAAAGAACGAGGACUGUAUCGAUCCCGAACAAGUCUUUCCUGGAUACGGAGAACAGUUCGCCGCUAUGCGCUUAUCGAUGGAAACAUUUGAGGCGGAGGAUAGCUCCUUCAGCAAGUAUCUCCGUACCUUGGAUGAUUUGAAGGACUGCUACUCUGCAAUUUUCCAAAAGGACACCUCGAAGCAGAAUACUGCUGUUCUAGCACCAUGUCAACAUACGAAACGUGGCACAAAUAUGCAAGUCUCUUCGGUCCGUGUGAAAGAUCAUCCAGACAUCAAAAUCAUUUCUCAUCACAUCUUCGGAUGGAUUUUCCGCUGCAACCAGGACUAUCUGUCUUCUGUUCAGACACGACGACCGAUGGCGCUGGUCCUUCUCGCCCAUCACUGCGUUCUUCUUGCUCUGUUGAAGGACAUUUGGUACAUGGACGGCUGGGUUCCGCAUAUCGUCGAAGCGAUCAAGAGGGAUCUGCAUCCUAGUUAUCAGCAUUGGUUGGAUUGGCCGUUGCGGCAUUUGGAUCAUGUUUACAUUCCGUCAACGGAGUAAUGAGGAGAACAGCAGACUAAUGAGAAAGAAACAUCAGGCCUGCAGGGCGCGACGCAAAUCUCA